UUGUGACAUUUAUGACGGCUGACGUUGUUGCUAGUGAUUGGUGUACUUAUCUGACGUUUAAGAAAAGCUGUCGUCAGUGUAUCAAAAUAUUAGGAAAAUCUAAAAAAUCACAUUAGUUUAGGUAAUUAAAUGUAAAUGAAGAUGAGGUCGCUUAGUAUAUCUUUGUUAAGCGUAUCUUUAACAUUAGUAGUCAUUGCAAAUGCAUAUUAUCAGAAGAAACAGUUCUACCCAUCUGUUGUGUACAUUACAAAAUCCAAUCCCAGUAUGGCUGUAAUAUAUCUACAGGCUUUUAUAUGUGUUUGGAUAAGUGGAAAAAUCAUGAGAAGGAUAUUCUUUGGACAGUUGAGAACAACAGAAUUUGAGCAUCUGAUGGAAAGAUCUUGGUAUGCAGUAACCGAAACAUGCCUGGCUUUCACUGUAUUUAGAGAUGACUUCAAUCCAAAAUUUGUAGCUCUUUUUACACUAUUACUCUUUUUGAAAUCUUUUCAUUGGUUAGCAGAGGAUCGAGUUGAUUAUAUGGAGAGGAGUCCAGUAAUAAGUUGGCUUUUCCAUAUUCGAGUCCUCUCCCUACUUCUCCUUCUAGGAUCCUUAGACUUACAUUUCAUUCAACACGCUUACCUUUCAACCGUAUCUAAAGGUGCAUCUGUUCAGCUAGUGUUCGGUUUUGAAUAUGCUAUCCUUCUUACCGUUGUUAUUAACAUCGCUAUUAAGUAUGGAUUGCAUUCAGUUGACCUCAACAGCGAAACCCCUUGGGACAACAAAGCAGUAUUUCUUCUAUACACCGAACUAGUGAUGGGGCUUAUUAAGGUUAUUUUAUAUUUCGCUUUCGUUGCAAUCAUGGUUAGAAUAUACACUUUGCCGCUGUUCGCGUUCAGACCGAUGUAUUAUACGAUUAGAAACUUCAAGAAAGCGUUCAGCGAUGUGAUUUUGUCUCGAAGAGCUAUUCAUAAUAUGAACACUUUGUACCCUGAUGCCACCCCGGAAGAACUGCAAGCUGCCGACAAUGUCUGCAUCAUCUGCCGAGAGGAGAUGACGACAGCCUCCAAAAAAUUACCCUGCAAUCAUAUUUUCCAUACGGCUUGUUUACGUUCAUGGUUUCAACGGCAACAGACUUGCCCAACAUGCCGUCUCAACAUUCUACGCAAUCCCACCAACAACAACUCCCGUCCCGCACAAGCCCCUCGACCACCGCAACCGAACGUACAAAACCCUUUCAUAAACCCCUUCUUCGCCGCACAGAACCCCUUCGCACAGAUGUUCCAACCGCCCAACGCAGAUAACCAACCCCCACAACAACCGCCAAGACCAGCUGCAGAAGGCGGUGCUGAGCAGACAGUGCCCCCUCAAGUCCCACCCCAAGUUAAUCUGCCGCCGUUCGCUUUCCCACCGUUUCCCUUCGUGCCGUUCUUGCCUCCCCCACCGAUGCCGCCCCAAGCAGUUUUCGAGACACUGUCCACGGAGGAGUUGCAAAGGAUGGAGGGGACGGAGAGGGAGAAUGUGGAGGCUAGGAUACAGUGCCUAAGGAAUAUACAGAUGCUCUUGGAUGCCGCUGUCGUAAUGAUGCAACAAUACAGCACUACGGUACUUCUUUCUUCUCACAUCACGCCAGUUUCUAGCGCAUCUUCAUCCUCACCCUUCUUGAACACCCCAGCUUGGAACAACCCCCCCACACAGUCCGAGACGCCCAAAGUUGCUAAAGUGGCCCCCACAACCAACGCUCAAGUGUCCACGAGUACCGCAGGAGAGACAAGCACCGCCGCAGAGACGACGUUCGAUAAACCGACCACUUCGAAGACGACUAACGAAGAACAUUUGGUCGAGCAAGGUCCGAUUAGCCAGGAGGAGAUCAUAAGAAGAAGACGGUUGCAGAAAUUCGAGCAACAAGUAGAAAGGGAAUAGGUUUUGGUACUGUUACAUUGAAAUUUUUUACUUAAAUGUCUUGUUAUUUUUGUUCGCGGUUGCGGUAUUUCACAAUACUUUACAGAACUUUUUUUACGCUGGAAAUCAUAACAAUAUUAAAUACAAAUAUCAAUUGAUGAAUAUGUUCUUUACCGCCGUACCGCGCUUUCAAAAUUUGAUGUAUUCUGAGAAUGCAGCUGUGCAUGGCCAUAAGAUCGGUCUUAACCUAACCUAAAAGUGCGAGAAAAGUGAUAAAUAAGAUCGAUCCUCCAUUUAUAUGUGGUUUAAUGUUGCCCCACAUGCCGAAUCUUUGAAAGAUGACAGCUGACAGUUUGUUUCUCAGUAAAUAAUAUUUCCGUCCGAGCUUAAUAGGGAACUUGCAUAAAAUUUUAAAUUCGAAAAAAUGUUAUAAAUCACAACAGAACAUUGUAUCAAAGAUAAAAAAGUUUUGUUUGCCUUUUCGUUUGGCCCCUAAAGACGAUUAAAAAUUCAAAUUAUACCGCGUCGUGACGUCAUCCGGUUGUAUGUUUACAUUCUUCACCAACAAAGUAAACAAAAUUGUAUAUAAUUUUAAAUUAGACAUUAUAAACGUCAGUAGAAAAUACAGUUAUGUGACGUUACAAGUAGUGUUUCUGAUCGUUUGAACUAUUCAUAGAAAAUUUGUACUUUUACAAAAUAAUUUUAUUUUAAAUAGUAAACCUUCUUUCCUUUCCUUCAAAAACUGUAUCAAACCCCAAUCUCAACAAACUUGUAUAUAUUAUUACAAUGAUAUACGAUAAAUCUCGUUAGAAUAUAAAUAUUUUUCCCUUAUUCCGCGACGACGAGCUGGUCAAAUACCCAAGUAGGUGGAGGCCAAUAAACUAAAGAAGAAGAAGAAGAAUAUACCUAAAUAUAACCAUACACAGAACCAUAUAGUUAAACUAUGUGACGUCACGGGUCGUUUGAACUAUUUUAAAAUACAGAAGACUUUAACUUUGUACUUCCAAGUUAUUAUGAGUUUUUGAAGCGUGAAAUUUUGGAAAUCUCAUUUUUAUACAAAACUGAACAUUAUUAUGUAAUAAAAAAAUGUGCAAGUUCCCUAUUCACCAAGGUACAUAACACUUUUUUGUAUUGUUUAACCUCCUCGUUGCUGAUUAAAUUGAACUCUAUUUUAUUAUGAUUCUGCACUACAACUUAAGGCUUUUCUUUUUACUGAUCUCGUUAUCAUAGUAAUUAACAUCUUAGCAGGUGUGUUGUAGUUCAUCUAUGAGCUAGAGAUAUUUCUCCACUAGUCUCGGUCAUAUGUUACAAGUAGUGCCUCAGUAUACUAUUUGUUGAGAAGCUUUUUCGUAAUGUCUACGUAUCGCUGUGGGGAUUUGCCGCGUUGGCGUUGAUUCUGACGGCUUUCUUGGACCAUCAACCGCGGAAAAAAGUGUGUCUGUUUCAGAUUCAAAGACUGUGUUGUCGUUGUCUGGGAGAGGAGUGUGAUGUGCCCCUGUUGAAGAAGAGUGGAAAGUGGAGACCUGCCAAUCAGGUACAUAUAUAAUUUUGUCUCAAUCCGUCUGUACAUUGCCUUCAUCAUCUUUGGUAGACCAAGAUUUCUGCUUGACUUUACGUGCGAGUAGUCUGACUUUAUCGAAGAGUUUUUUGGUGUUAUUUGUGUCUGCAUGUUGUUAAAUAUCUUUGCAAAUGUUCUCUAUAUGCUCUUUCUUGUUUCGUCUAAAAGCAGCCUGAAUAACUGUAGAUAGCUUUCAGUACUGGCAAUGCCUAAGAGGGUUCUCUUUUUCAUCGUAUGAAAAGAAGUGAACAGAUUGUAAUGUAAACAUGCCAUAUUUUUAGAUCUUACAGUAGGCUACCACAUUACUGCUGGUUCUUUUUGGUCAUUUAAUAAACUAGUAAGAUCCCUUUAUUGUCACAAAGAUCAUUGUCAUAAUUUUGUUUUCAAGGUAAUGGUAAUGUUCAAGGUGGUAUCAAAAUGAAUGGCGUCAAUAUUAAUAAUUUGAGAUACGCGGAUGGCACGGUGUUAAUUGCGAGCAAUUUCUGAUUCAACAUCUGAUUAAUAGGAUUACCACAACGUGUGAUGAAUAUGGACUCAAGCUAAACACCGUAAAGACCAAGCUGAUGGUUAUCAGUAAGACGCCAAUACAACCGGAAGUAGUAACAGCUUAUGGUGAACAAUUAGAGAGAACUAACAGUAUCACCUACCUUGGUUGUAAUCUAAAUGUGAACUGGGACAUGAGCAAAGAAAUUAGAAUACGUAUAGAGAAGGCCAGAGCUGCAUUCUUUAAGAUAAAGAAACUUUUAUGUGGAAACAACAUUAUUUUGAAUCUUAAAAUUAGAUUAGUGAGAUGUUAUGUGGUCUCUACUCUUUUGUACGGUGUCGAAGGUUGGACUUUAACAGAUACUCUUCUCAAGAAAUUGGAAGCCUUUGAAAUCUGGGUGUAUCGGAAAAUCCUACGAAUAAGUUGGGUGGAUAGAGUUCGUAACGAAGUUUUUUGCACCGGAUGGAAAAAGUCACGGAAGUCGUCAGAACAGUUAAAAAUCGAAAACUUGAAUAUUUUGGCCAUGUUAUGCGACACCCAGCGAGAUAAAAUAUACUCAAUUUAAGAAUACAAGGCAAUGUAGACGGAAGAAGCGGGCCAGGUCGAAGAAGAACGUCAUGGCUUAAAAACCUGAGAGAAUCGUUUAACAGAUCCUCUGCAUCCCUUUUCCGAGCUGCCGUCAACAAAGUUACUAUAGCCAAUUUGAUAGCCAACGCUCGAUAAUCGAGCACGGCACAUGAAAAAUAAAGUAUUUGAACGUUGAACUUUUUGGCAUAAGUAUAAUACGUAUGUAUAAAAUAUGGUCACCGUAAAAGCUGUCUUUUUGACCCAGGAGUGUAUUUUCAGACACAUGUUUAACAUCCAGUCACAAUUAGUGGAAAAAUGGUUCGAGCUGUUCAGGAAUCAACAUUUUGAAUAAAAAUCAUACACUCAACUUUCAAAAGCAAAUGUUCUGGACAAAAUUUUAUUGAGGACUUCGUAAAACGCGUAGAAAUUUUUUAAAAGUGACACAUGACGUCUUGCGUGUAAUGACAGAUGUCAAAACUGAGAGUAAUUCGUUUUCACGUAACGCCAUCUAUGAACGCCUAAAUUAACAUUAAGCUAUAUUUUGAAUGUAUAUGUAUAUAAUGUGUAUUUAUAUGUAUAUUUUGGAUUUCUGUUUGAAACAAAUUCAUUUGUUAAGAUUAUCCCGGUAUCUAUCCAUUUUUGUUGACUUAUUACAUUGUGAUUUACUAGGUAGAAAAAUCUAAGUACUUUGUACGAAUCUAGCUAAUAAACAAGGCAACUGUAUGUUACUUUUGAUGGUCAAUGUUUUAUGUAUUGUGAAAUAUCUGCCGAACAUUUAAUAGUCUGAUUUACUCGUGAUCCAAGAAAGUUUUAAGUUUCAUACUUCAUAGAGGUAUGUCAUUUUAUUAUUUUGUAAUGUUUGAUAAUUUAUUGUCAUAUUAGUUUUAAAUAAUAAAUUACCUACAACUAAACAUUAAAAUAUUCUAUUAAAUUUUUGA